GCGAACUGGCUUCCUCCUGGCCACUCGCGGGGGUGAGGGGAAGCCGGAGGAGUCCGGGAGGAAGCUGAGGCUAGCGCUGGAGGCGGAGGCGGAGGUGGAGGCGGUUCCCGUCGGCCUCCGGCGGGACUGAGCGUCAAGAGGCCGGAAGGCGGGCGCCCGGCGGGAGCAUAUUUAAUGAAAAGUUUCAUAGACUGAAAACUAAACAUGAGGGUAGCAGGUGCUGCAAAGUUGAUAGUAGCCGUGGCAGUGUUUUUACUGACAUUUUAUGUUAUAUCUCAAGUAUUUGAAAUAAAAAUGGAUACAAGUUUAGGAAAUCUCUUUGCAAGGUCAGCAUUGGACACAGCUGCACGUUCUACGAAGCCUCCCAGAUAUAAAUGUGGUAUCUCAAAAGCUUGCCCUGAGAAACAUUUUGCUUUUAAAAUGGCAAGUGGAGCAGCCAAUGUGGUGGGACCCAAAAUCUGCUUGGAAGACAAUGUUUUGAUGAGUGGUGUGAAGAAUAAUGUUGGAAGAGGGAUCAAUGUUGCCUUGGCAAAUGGAAAAACAGGAGAAGUGUUAGACACUAAGUAUUUUGACAUGUGGGGAGGAGAUGUGGCACCAUUUAUUGAGUUUCUGAAGGCCAUACAAGAUGGAACAAUAGUCUUGAUGGGAACAUAUGACGAUGGAGCAACCAAACUCAAUGAUGAGGCACGGCGGCUUAUUUCUGAAUUGGGAAGCACGUCUAUUAAUACUCUUGGUUUUAGAGACAACUGGGUCUUCUGUGGUGGGAAGGGCAUUAAGACAAAAAGUCCUUUUGAACAGCACAUAAAGAACAAUAAGGAUACAAAUAAAUACGAAGGAUGGCCUGAAGUUGUAGAAAUGGAAGGAUGCAUCCCCCAGAAACAAGACUGAAGAAAAUAUGGAAAAACAGAAGGAAGCGCACUUUCAAUAUUAAUGGGAGACUCAUAAAGAAGAAACUACGUGUAAAUAUUUUAAGAGCAUGCAUCCAUCUUGGUGUGUGCAUGAGCAUUAUCUCUUUUGAUAUCAGGAUUAUUUAUUGCUAACGUAAAUAGCUAUCUUUGUAAAUAGUCCUAAUGGGCAAAUCACUGUACCAUUUUUAAGCACAUUUCCUUAAAAGUACAAAUGUUUAGACUGCUAUGGUAAUGACAUACAUCAAUUCUAAAAGCAUACUCAGUGGAUUACUGAUCAGAUUUGUGAAAAACAUUGAUAUAUAAGGUUGCUGUGAAAAUCAGUCAUGGAAUAUGGCUUUUAUGGAGGAGAUUUUGUUUAUAUGUAUAGAUAUAUAUCUGGCCUUGUGAUGACAUUAUCUUUUAAAGUCAAAAAAUAUUUAGCUAGCCAUAUGUGUAAUGUCACCUUAUAAUCCAUUUCUCCUGAUGUACCUCUUUUCUUUAUUUUCCCUUCCAAAGAAACCAAGAAAUAAAAUGUUGGAUACAAAAACUUAUGUCAGAUUUGUGAAAAGCACAACAAAUUCUUUAAUGCACACAGCAAAAAGUCAAUAUAUAAAUGUAGGUGUCCUUUAGGACUACAGCUUCUGAAUUAUGUGGUAGUGGUGUCAAUAAUUUGAUCUUGUAUAAGCUAUUUAGAAUGAAGCUGGAGGUAGAAAUUCCACAGAGUUGGAGAACCAGGCCAAGUCCCCUCCCUGACCUAAUCAGGUCAUUUAGGACAACUAAAAACAGUAUAUUUAGAGCAAUACAGGUAUAUAUUUUCCUUAUUUGUUAUUGGCAUUGACUAAAUGAUUUGAAAAGAGCUAUGCUUUAAUAUCAUGACACUUGAUUUAUAAGCUGAUAAAUUAAUUUUCUAUUUACUUCAUCUAACUUCUUAAUGGCAAUUAUUGCCCAAAGCUUUAGUGGCAUAUUUAGAAAAGUCCAAUUACUGAGUAGACUAAUAACAUUUUUUAAAUAAUUUUAUUUGACCCAAAAUGACUUCAUUCCCAAUUCUAUAUAGAAAAUAAGAGAUCUAACUUUUUCCUUAAGAUGUUUACAAAAUUACUUAGUUUUGUUUUAUUUUGCUUUAGUUUUUCUAGGACAUUAAAUUCCUGWUAUAUAUGAAGUAUCUUAAGCUGGAACAUAAACAAAUUUAAUAAUCCAAACUGCCUUUCACAGUAUAAGUCAGCCCUAAAAUAUUUUGAACCUAAAUGGCUUGUAUAAAAAUAACCUAUAAGCAGUAUUUGUUAUUUUGCUGUAAGUUGGAUGCCUUUCAGAUAUUUCGUAAAUAUUAAUAACCUUUGGGGUAUAGUAUCUUCCCUUAAACUGAAUGUAAUUCAUAAGUAAAUGCACCUUAUAUGUUUAAACAAUUUUUGUAAACUUUUUAGAUUUUUGGUGCUUAUAUAUUCAAUCACAUGCAGCAUGUAUAUUUUGACAUUUAAAAUACUUCCCUUGAUUCUGUAAAUUAAAAGAAUAGCUAUUUUACAGUUCCAGGGAUUGUACAAUAAAUGUUACAUUUUUUUUAAAUAAUGAAAAUAAAUACAUCUUGUUUUACACAUGAAUUUUUUUAUUAUCUGAAAAAGUAAUAUACUAUGAGACUUCAAUUGAGAUUUUUUUAAGUAUUUAUUGUACUGUUUAACAUGCAAAUAAAUCAGUGCUGUGGUUAAAAAGCAGAGGAUAUAUCAUAACAUAUAUAGAAUUUAUAUAUCUAGACCCCAGGACACCCCUUUGAUUUUAAAGAUUGUAGAAGGAUGGCGUUUGCAGGUGCAUUGAGAUGUCGAGAGAUGGGGUUAGGAUUAGUUAUGUAACUAACUGCUUUGGUGCAGUAUGUUUUUGUUUGAAUUCUGUCUUGUAUAGAUUGUGCCAACUUAACUUUGGAAGCAAUAAUUUUACUAUAUUUUAUUUCCAGAUCUCUUUAAAGUCAGCAUUAUAAGUGAAACAAUGCUCAUUUAACAUUAAUAAUUUUCUUUAUUGAAGUAGAAAUUUGAUGUUGACAAUCCAGUAGUUUACAUGGUAUUUAAGGGCUUGUGGAUACAUAUUUUUUAUUUGUAACCACAGAUGCUUUCCUAGAACACAUGUAUUAUUAUAUGAAUGUUAAAAUAGAGUAAAAAAAGUAGAAAAUAAGUAGUAUUUGGAAAAUUAAAGAAAAAUCGAGCCAGUCUUCAUAUUCCUGACUUUAAU